AAUAAACUGUGAAUUAACAUGAACAUUUUUAUUUCAUCUAUGUAACAACUCGCAAUAAUAGUGAGGUCACAUAAACAAACACAUAAACGGUUCAGUCAUUUUCAUGUGCAAAAACAGUGAAUUAUCACCAAAGUAUACACAUCUUAUACCACUUCAUUCUUCCAUCACAUGAGCAGAGACCACAGUUCAUAAUUGAUAACCGUCCUCAUAGUUCGCUCUUAUCGUGGAACAGACAGCCUCAAAAGAUUCCCCAGUUAAUUCGGUAAUAGAUGAAUCAUUCUUACUGAAGAACAGACAGUCUCAAAUGAUUCCCCAGUUCAUGGUGCUGCAUCGUCAAUAAAAAUCAAAACAGUCACGAAACUCCAAAGACACACAAGUAAAUCCUGCCAGUGAACUCGUUAUAAAUAGAUAGAUUGAUUACAGUAUGCUUACUUAAAUCAAACAUUAAGGCUUUUCUCUUUAGAUUUGCUUCUUCAUUUGAAACUAUGGUUAAUAUGUAAACUCUUCACUAACUAACCAAUGAAGAUGCCCAAAAGAACGUUGCACUUUGAUAAACCCUCAGAUUUGCUGAGUCACUGAAUACAUAGAGUGGUCCUGCGAGCCUGGAUCAAGAGUCCACCUGACACUGUUACGAUAGACAACUGAGAUCAGAUCAUUACGCUGACAAGCCCUAAAAUAAAGCUUCCUUAACUGUCAUUUAACUUAUUUGAAUUAUCUGAGCUGUGAAUUUAAUUAAAAAGAAUGGAAAUGAAAAGGUAUCCAAAUGAUGGUGGUUGCGAGAGAUUACAUUUAGAUGUCUGUGUUGAUGAGCGCACCCCUCGGCAUGGGACAUUAGAACUUCUUAAGAAACUGAGGCCAGAGUGGAAACCAGAAGAUAUUCAGAUCAAGGCUUUCACCGAGGGCAUCACUAACCAAUUAAUGGGCUGCUAUGUGGGCUCUCUGAUGCAAGACCCUGUUUUACUGGUGAGGGUUUAUGGACAGAUGACUGAGCUUUUUAUGGACCGAGAUAAGGAAAUGGAGAUGUUCCGGGUGCUAUACAAACACGGCUGUGGCCCGGAACUGUACUGCAGUUUUACCAAUGGUAUCUGCUAUGAGUUUGUCAAAGGAGUUGUGCUGGACGACACACUGCUUAGACAGCCGUCUGUUUACAGAUUGAUUGCAACAGAAAUGGGGAAAAUCCAUUCCAUAAAGUCGGAAGAAACUGGAAACAGUUCACCCGUUCUGUGGUCUAGAUUGUCCCAGUUCCUUAAUCUGGUCCAGAGUUCUGAUGCUCCUGAACAGCAAAAAUCCAGUGCCCAUGUGGAGGCGCCUAGCCUAAAAAUCAUCAUCAAAGAGAUGGAGGAAUUGAAGAGUCAUCUUACCCAUAUCAACUCCCCAGUAGUACUGUGUCAUAAUGAUCUCCUGACUAAAAAUGUCAUCUAUAACCAAGAAGAAGGCGCAGUAAAAUUCAUUGACUAUGAAUAUGCAGAUUUGAAUUACCAAGCAUAUGAUAUUGGAAACCAUUUCAAUGAAUUUGCAGGUAUCAAUAAUGUUGACUCCAGCCUGUACCCUAGCUGUGAACUUCAGUUUGAUUGGCUUACUGCUUAUCUGGAGAGUUUCAAGUGGUUCAGUGGUGUGGAUUCAACUGUGACCAAGAAAGAAGUUCUGGAACUUUAUGUACAAGUCUGCAAGUUCUCCUUGGUGGCUCAUUUGUUCUGGUGUCUAUGGGCUCUCCUGCAGGCAAAACAUUCCACCAUUGACUUUGACUUCCAGAGACCCUAUUUUUUCCCGUCCAGCGACGAGACCGAUCCUCCGCUGCAAUUUGCCGGCCCCACUCCUUCUCCACCAGACACAGCCGGCUUCAGCACCAGGCUUCAUUGUGGCUGCCGCUCUGCUGGACCAGCCACAUGCUCUUGUAGCAGAGGCCAGCGUGUAAGUGCUGUGCAGGAAUUCAGGCUGCUGGCGUCAGAUGCGGACCCACUCCCAACGCCAGUACCUCCAUUUUCAGAGCUGAUAUUCCCGUAUGCCAUGGCUCGAUUCAACUACUACUUUGAAAAGAAGCAAGAGUUCUUUGGAAUGAAGCUUCCUUGAUUCUUCUAGCAGCCUAGUGCAAGAGGUUCUGAAAGAGCCUAUCCAUCCUAAUAUCCCACAUAUUCUUCCUAUAUUUAGUUUAAGUAUGAACAAUGAUCAUACUGAUUUGUAGGACUGAAAGUUUCCUGUUACAACCCCUUCUUUACCAUAAGGCCCAUUUUGGAUUCCUAAACAGGUAUAGUGAUCAAGGCCUACACUCAAAAAAAUGAUUUGGUCUAAAUUGACAUUUUAUGUAAUUCAAUUACAUAACAAUUUUCCAUCCAUUUAGAUUACGUAGUUUUAACAUAAACAAAUCAAUAAACUUAAUGUGAUUCAUAUGCAUCAAUCAUACGUGAAUGAAACAGGUAAGAUUUACGUAAUAAUUCACAGCAAAGUCCCCACACUGCUCAGUGUUCAUGUGUUUCCACACUACAGAGUGUUCAAGUAGCAUUGAAGCAGUGCUGGAGUUAAGAAGAUAAUUAUGUGAUGAUUGAGCAUUAAUGAUGGACACCUGCUGUUACCAAGAAGAAUCACCGAAGGAAAGACAAACACAAGAACUACAAAUGACUUCAGCCACAGCCGAAGAUGAAAUCAACUGAAAUAAAAGAAGACAUUAAAUCUGUCAAGAUCUGAUUAAACAGCUUCACAAACAGCA